GGUAUACAACGAUACGUACAAAAAUCCACAGAAAUCACUGUCUUUUUCCUUUCUGUAAACAGUUUUAAAGCCGUGUUUUACUUCUUCUUCAUCGGAGGUCUCUUUUGAAAGCUGCGGCGGAUAUGGGGAAGCGACGCUGUGCGGCGUUGGCGUUAGCCACGAUAAUGGCGGUGGUGAUGGAGUUGGUGUCCCACACAGUAGCAACAAGUAGAAGAAUUAUGUUGACUAAUGGUCUUGGAAUGACUCCUCCCAUGGGUUGGAACAGCUGGAAUCACUUUGGAUGCAAUAUUGAUGAAAAAAUGAUCAGAGAAACUGCUGAUGCUCUAGUUUCGACCGGGCUUUCCAAGCUUGGAUAUGAAUAUGUUAAUAUAGAUGAUUGCUGGGCCGAAAUUUCUCGAGACGACAAGGGUAAUCUAGUGCCUAAUAAGUCGACUUUUCCAUCCGGAAUAAAAGCUGUGGCAGAUUAUGUUCACAGAAAGGGUCUUAAGCUCGGGAUCUACUCGGAUGCGGGGUAUUUUACUUGUAGUAAGAAAAUGCCCGGUUCACUCGGUCAUGAAGAACAGGAUGCAAAAGCCUUUGCUUCAUGGGGUAUUGAUUAUUUGAAGUAUGAUAACUGCAAUAAUGAUGGCUCGAAGCCAACAGUUAGAUACCCUGUCAUGACUCGUGCUUUGAUGAAGGCCGGCCGUCCCGUCUUCUUCUCUCUGUGUGAAUGGGGAGAUAUGCACCCUGCUGAAUGGGGAGCUCCCGUAGGAAAUAGUUGGAGGACAACUAAUGACAUAGCUGAUAAUUGGGAAAGUAUGAUCUCCCGAGCUGACCAGAAUGAAGUUUAUGCUGAAUACGCAAGGCCUGGUGGUUGGAAUGAUCCGGAUAUGCUCGAGGUGGGAAAUGGAGGGAUGACAAAAGAUGAAUACAUAGUACAUUUCAGCCUGUGGGCUAUUUCCAAGGCUCCUCUUCUUCUUGGUUGCGAUAUAAGGAAUAUGACAAAAGAGACUUUGGAUAUCAUCACGAAUAAGGAAGUCAUUGCCGUUAACCAAGAUCCAUAUGGUUUUCAAGCUAAGAAGGUUAGGAUGGAAGGUGAUCAAGAGGUGACAAAGGCUUUAGGGGCAAUAUUAUCAAAGUGUAUGUGGAUUGUGGAGUCGACAACCAAAACCCGAUACAUAUGGGCAGCUUCUCUUUCUGGUUAUAGACUUGCCGUGGUCCUACUCAAUAGGGGUCCAGUUCGUUAUUCGGCAACGGCUCUCUGGGACGACAUCGGACUCGACCCCAAAACAGUUGUCGAAGCAAGAGACCUUUGGGAGCACAAAACACUGAGGACACAAUUUGUGGGGAAUUUGACAGCAACUUUGAGCCCUCAUUCAUGCAAACUGUAUGUAUUGAAGCCAAUUGGUUAAACAGUAAUGUUUUUAGGCUUUUUGAGCUAAUAUUUUCGCCUGAAAUUGCAGUCAGCAUUUAGAACUUGUAAUUCCAGAUGUGCCAUGGAAUUAUAUUAU